UAAGUUGACAAUCAUAAUGAAAUACACAAUAAUAUUCCUUCUCCUAAGUCAACUUACAUACAUAGUCUUGGCGAAACCUGUGAGCAGCGAUGAAAACACUAAGUCUCUAGUUGAACAUAAAUCUACUGAUAUGGAUGAUAUGGACGUUAUACCAUAUUAUGGUGGUAUGCGAGGUCAAUAUCUACAAAUUAAAGAUGGUAAAAUUCACGAUAUUAUCAAUAAAUCGCGUGAGAAUAGUACGCAGCAUGUUGAUAAAAAAGGGCCACCCGCCAGCUUAGAUGGUAAUGUUACCUCUGCCUUCGAACACGAUUUCAAUAAGAUUCAAUUGGCAGCGGCCCGUUUGGUGGCGAUACAAGAGCAAGCCAAACGUAAAGGAUCGUUUAGCGCCGAAGAGAAUCGUGUCUACGCUAUUAGUCUACUAGAAUUGGGUAAAGCCGCUCAAAAUUUAGCCACGCUACAACAAACGGGGCAAAUUAAAGAUUUCAGUGUGUUAUUGCAACCGUAUCAUAUGAUAAACGCAAUGCCACAAAAAAGCCCAACGACCGAAAAUAUGAACCAUUACGCAAACAUAGAAGCGGUUAUCGAAGAGCAAAAGGAUGAUAGCAUAACGACAUCGCCGUUUUCAAGCGGAACAGAUUUAUUACCUACAACCGCGGAGGAUCCUUACGAAGAUAACAAUGAUAGCAUUGCCAUAAUGUCUCCUAAAAAGGAUGCGUCGGUGGCCGAGGCUAAGCCAAUAGGUGUUUCUAUAGCUGGAGAGGGGGGUGUUGCAUCAGCUAAACCGAAUGCCGUAGCGUUAUCGGGACGCAACGGCUUGGCUGUUUCAGCCCCUAAGGCCACCGCGAUAGCCGGUGUUACUCCAGAGGAAGCGGCCGCAUUUAGUGUCUCCGUGCCGAGUCGCAAUCAAAUUCUUAUCAAAACUUCAGGCCCACGUUUCCCCCCACUUUCUCCAAAUUUUGAUUACUAUGAUUAUAUAGAAUCAUCGCCGAUACAAGCAUCUCCGUACAGCCACGAAAUGUCUCCUACGUAUAAGCAUAAUUUUUUCAAAUAUAAUUCGAAACCCAUAUCCACCAUUAAUGUUGCUUCGAGCAUGUUAAAAAUGUGGCGAACUGCUUUAGCGGAAGAUUACGCUAACUCUGACGCUACCGGCGAACGUAAUGCUGACAUAGAAAUUAAAAAAACAUCUUAAAGUAAAGCCUCAGUAGAUAUAUUAUUCAAAUGCACAAAAGUAUGAAAGUGAAUCGAUUAAAUUUAAUUUAAUAAUUGCUAUCACAAACAAAUUUUUUUUUUUGUAUUAAAUUAAA